UAUGGCUCGUGGGUAUACAGGGCUUCUGCAGAGUGCUGCAUUAUUUCCCUGUUUAAUCAGACAAUGUUAUAUUCUGCUAAUGCAGAUUUUGUUUAGCCUCUCUAUGUAGACACUUGCUUUAUACCGGCAGUAAGUCUUGAAUCUUAUACAUAUUACUGCUGAGUGAAAGAAUCGAGCAUCAUUCACAUGAGACUCCUGUUUGAUUUCUUGUAGGCCUUCGCUGCAGACAUGGAAAAAAUAAGGGUACGAAAUUCCUGGGUGCCAACCUGUCUGUGGCAACCUAAAAUUCUCCAAGGCAGUCACGCAAAAUCCUCACCUACCCUCUGGGACAGCAGCUUACAAGACCAGAAGGAAGAAUUGCAGAAGCGACUGUCUUACACCACCCAAAAACUGGAAAUGCUUGAGAGUGAAUUUGAUUCCACGCGGCAGUACCUGGAAACAGAGCUGAGGAGGGCUCAGGAAGAGCUGGAGAAAGUAACGGAGAAGCUGAGAAGCCACUCGUCCUCGAGAGCAAGAGCUCCAAGCAGCCUUUCCUGGAAAGCUCCCAGGAUACAAACCAACUACCUGUCUUUGCAAAGAAUUAACCAGGAGCUUGAGGAGAAGUUGCACAGAAUGGGUCAGCAUUAUGAAGAGGAAAAGAGAGCAUUAGGCCAUGAAGUGAUUGCACUCAAUAACCAUUUAUUGGAAGCCAAGGUGACCAUUGAUAAAUUAUCAGAAGACAACGAGCUGUAUCGAAAAGACUGCAAUCUAGCCUCUCAGCUGCUACAGUGCAGUAAGAGUUACUUCAGAGCACACAAAUUAUCAGAGCUGCCAACUGACUUCCAGGAAAGAGUAAGUCAACAUAUGGAAAAGUAUGGACGUAGCCUUUCUGUGCCUCUUUGUAACACGUCAUAUGCUGAUAGCAUUCCUACUUGUGUCAUUGCUAAGGUCUUGGAAAAACCCGAUCCUAGCAGCUUGUCUUCACAUCUAUCAAGCGCAUCAAUGAGAGACCUUAGUUAUGAACAUGGAAGCCAAGAGCUUGACGACAAACUUCGCCAACGACCACAGUUUAAGUCAGAAAUUUAUUGCAGUGACACUGCUCUCUAUUGUCCUGAAGAAAGAAGAAGAGAUAGGCGCCAAAGCUUUGAUGUACAAGUGAAAGAUGAGGUGUUCUUAAGAUCCCAGAAUUCUACAGACAGCACCGUAGAAGACGGAUUCCACUCCAGUUUCUCACACGAAGCCUUCAAUGAAUAUGUAGCAUCUUUACCGACGUCCAGUUCAUAUUCAAGCUUCAGCGCAACGUCAGAAGAAAAAGAAAACAACCAAGCGAACACCCUAACAGCGUCACAGCAGGCCAUAUACAUGGGCAACAUGGACGACCUUUUCGAAAGGAAAUCCACAACAGGUUACGAGCACACAUCAAGUCCAAGGUUUGUAAAAUCAAAGUCUGUCCAGCAUAUGGAACAAAGCCCUGAAAAUACAGCAUCACCCAAUUUCACAAGGUCAUCUUCCUAUGUGGAGGAGCCUUUUAAUUUUACCCGGAUGCGCACACAGCAGGCCAUGAACACCCAUAAAUCACACAGCGAAUGUAGGAGUUCCAACCUUUCAGAAGAGGAUCUACCAAGCCGCUGGCGACAAUUGAGCGUUGAGGAUAUUGGGGCUUACUCUUAUAGCAAUGCUGGGCGUAUAUCUCCAUGUAGUUUUACAGAACAGUAUUUCGCUCAUAGCCCCGUGAAGCAGUUAGAAAGCAGGAUGAGCCCAUUGUAUGCCAGUUACAAACAAGACAGCUUUUCAGAGGGUGAAGAAGUUUGUCAAAGCCGAAUGGGCGAUUCCUGCUUCCUAAGAACUGACUCUGGAUUAAAAAUUGACCUUAGCGCCAGCUGCAAACAGGAAAUGUUGUCUACAUUUAAAUCAAAAGAAGCAAGAGACCAAAAAGCGGAAAGGGUGUCACUCCAGAUGGGAAGUAAAAGCAUAGACACGUCCUCAACGGCCAAAAGAGAAUACGUUGACGUCAGCCCCAACAGCUCCGCAGAAUCUCUCAGUCAGAGCCCCAUGGAGGCUUCAGACAUUCACCAGUCUUCCAUUGACCAAGGACAUACAAGUUUCCAUGGCAAACCACAGCAAUUUCAAAGAACUGGGAGCAUUGGCUUAACCAGAAAGGAUAGUCUCACAAAAGCACAAUUAUAUGGAACACUUUUGAAUUAAGCAUCUUCCAAACUGCAAUAACUAUGAACAUAAAGAAUUCAGUGAAGACAGGGAAAUGUUUGUGUUUUAGAAAAGUCUACACCAAGAUAGUAUUAAUAAUUAAUUAAUAAUUCUGUAUUAAGUGUUUGUGUAUCUUGCACUUUUAGGGAAUGUCCCAUUCAAGUAUUGACCUUGUAAAUAUGCAAUUACCUCAUUACAUAUGGGCAUAAGGUCAUUUUUAUGUUAUGGUCACUUAAUAUUUAUACCACCGAUUUUAGUAAUUGAGUAGUCAAAUACAAGGCCAUGUCUUCAUAAAAGAAAAAAAAAAUAGGAAUUAAUAUAUUUUAACCAAAGCCUACAUUUGAGACAUUAA